CCCUCCCCUCACCUCCCCUCCCCUCCUCCUUGGCAGCAGCGGCCAUCUGCCGCCUCUUUUUUUCAGUUUCAAACCCAGCAGAUUAUUUCCCACAGACUUCCAGCUUCACUUGACACAAGCGGAGACGGCGUCCGAGAGAGCAGCUGCGCCAGAGAGGCAGCGGAGAGGAGCCCGGCGCUGCGUCCGCACACUGCGCGCUGCCGAGGCGAGCCGGGGCCGGCUGCAGCAGGGGGAGGACACACUGCCGGCUCGGAAAGACGAAGCGGAUUUGAAUUAAGCACCGGAUAACAGACAGCAACUGUGCAUCCUUCUGUGAGGGAGGGAGGGAGAGAGAGGGAGGCAACUGUUUUGUAUCUUGGAAGCCCUGGGUUAGGAGAGGGGGAGGAGGAGGAGCGCAGAAUGAGCUAUUCUUGUACCAGCAGAGGCAACAGCCAGGACCCGUCAAGCGCUAAGAAGCCUGCCGGUGAUAAUCCAGGCAGAGACACCGGAGCCACCGACAGCAGCAGCACCGGCAGCCCGAAGCAAACGGCGGCGAUGAAAGUGAAGAAAGGCUGCAACUCGACCGACGUGGGAGUCCCGGUGACCACGGAGGAGGACCUGCUCGCCAGCGCGGUCAUCACCCCGGAGGAUGUUCUGGGCUUGCAGAAGAUCACAGAGAAUUAUCUGUGCAGCCCGGCGGAGAACGUUUACAACAUUGACUUCACCAGAUUCAAGAUCAGAGACAUGGAGACCGGCACGGUGCUGUUCGAGAUCACCAAACCUCCGUCCACAGACAAAGCAGGAGACAAGAGGGACAUCGACCCAAACGCCGGCCGGUUCGUCCGCUACCAGUUCACCCCCGCUUUCCUCCGACUGCGGCAGGUUGGAGCCACCGUCGAGUUCACGGUGGGAGACAUGCCGAUAGAGAACUUCAGGAUGAUCGAGAGACAUUACUUCAGAGAGAAGCUGCUGAAGAGUUUCGACUUUGAGUUCGGCUUCUGCAUGCCGAGCAGCAAGAACACGUGUGAACACAUCUACGAAUUCCCACCUCUGUCUGAGGACAGCAUCAGAGAGAUGAUCCUGCACCCGUACGAGACGCAGUCCGACAGCUUCUACUUUGUGGACAAUAAGCUGGUGAUGCACAACAAGGCGGACUACUCGUACAACGGCGGGACGUAGAGACGACGCGCCGACGCAACGGACUCACCUGAGGGAUGAUCGCUGGUGGGGUUAACAUCCUGUCUCUCUGUAGGCCACCCGCAAAAAUGCAGAUGUGUCCACUGAAAUCUGUGUGUGUGUGUGUGUGACAAAGAGUAGACAACACACACACACACACACACACACACACACGGACACACAGUCUGCAGCUCGGUGUGGCGUCGCUGUAACAAAGUGUGUUUGUAACGUCAUAAACCAGCGAGUCAGCAACUUUUUAGGACUCGUCAGCUGGUUUUUCGCUCUCUUAGCCACGUCAUGAAUAAAAAUAUCUUUAAAUACUCAUAGAAAUUAUUUUUUUCAUUCCUGUACAUGGUAGGAUUUAGGAGCAACACUUGCAUCUAAAAAGGUGUGUUUUUAGGACUUAAAUAACCCAUUCAGUGAGUGUGUGUGUAUGUGUGUGUGUUUUAUGGAGUGUGUGUGUGUGUGUUCCUGUACUUUGUAUGGUCGUCCGUCUGUGUGACGCAUGAUUAUCGGUCAAAUAGAUCUCCAGAAAACGUGAUAGCACAGUAGACGGCAGUGAGCCAUGUUUACUUUAUCAGACGUUCAGCUUCUUAUCCCCCUUUUUGUUCCUCGUUCAUUUCUCAAGUCGUGUGUUUUGAUCGUAGGGCGUGUGUGUGUUUAUUGUCUUCGCUCAGAGCACAAACUCUCCGCCGAGCCGACAACAAGACGACUUGUAAACGUGAGCUGAUCUCACACAGACGUACUUUGUCAUCUGUGCACCGACUGUUCUCUCUCCCGGCCUCACGUUACUUUGUUUAGGCUGAUAACGAAGUCGAUAAAAUCUUUAACUGCGUGUGUCCGAGUGAAGGUUUUGCUUCAUAAGACGGGGAAAAACAAAAGGGAUUUGUAAAUGUUUUCAGUCAGAUUUAGGAAUGUAGCAGAAGUUUAAAGGUGCAAUAUGUAAGAUUAUUUAAACGUUAACGAAAGAAUGUGAAGAAAUUAGGAAAUUACAGGGUUGACGAGAGUUAGCAUGCUAACCAGCUAACGUUCAAAGCUCCUGUGCCAGUAAUGUAAACACCAACACUCCCCUGGUUGUUAGCUAGCUGCACGGCUAACUGAGCUAACAAGCUACCAGUCAGCAGCAGUUAGCAGUUAGCAGUUAGCAGUCACUCUGGUGAUCUGCUGUUUGUCAGGUAUGUGAAUUAGAGGUCAUUUCUUACGUAUUGCGCCUUUAAAAGAAUAAAUCACCCUUAAAUCCCAUGUAGUUUUUUUUUCUUUUUUUGUUUGUGUGUAAUCUGAUUUCUGCCUCGUUUUGAUUCCGUUGUCGUCGCUCUGACACGUUCCAGUGAGCGUGUCGAUCUCUUGUUAUCGGAGGGUUUUUAUUCCACAGAUCACACUGUGAAUCGGUGACUGAACCGUCCUGGGACGCCUCUAAAGUCUAACAUGCACAGUUUUGCUUUCUCUCCGUCUGUAAUGAGACACAGUCUGACUCAUCCAGCAUCCAAACGGCUCUUUUCUCCAGCACAUCUUCAAAUAACGUCUGAUUUGCACUUGAAAGUCGGUUGAUCCUCUUGUGUUUGAUUACUGAUUCUACUGUCGCUCAACAAACACUGAAAAUUCUACGUGAGCCAGAACUGUGAGGACCUGCAGCCUGUUGUCGGGUCAGAACAACACAGCAACAAAAAGACUCAGAUUGUCUUUGAACAUAUUCACACGGCGGCCAUUUUCCUCUGACGUCAGACUCAGGAUCAUGACGCUGUUUUCUUGUUAAUCUGACUCGUUAUCACAUCACAUCUUCCUGAUUGAUCAGCAGCCGAAAACAUAAUGAAAAUCAAGCGUGGCAUCGGAGGAAAAUGGCCGCCAUGUGAAUAUGACUUUGGAUUUUUGGGUCCUGCACAAGUUGUUGAUUGUGAGUUACAGCGAAUAACAAGACAAAAUGUGUAAAAGGUAGUGAAAUGACCAGGAGGAAACUCUUAAUCAGAGACAAAACAGAUUGACUUGAAUGUUACGUCAGACGUGUUGUAGAACAGGUGUGUUUAUUUAUGACCGAUUGUGACUCGUGUGCAAAUUAUUUUGAGCCGAUGUAAAGUUUUUUGACGAUUCAAAUGUUGGUGUGACUGAAGAAAAGUGAAAUAAAUAAAGACUUAUGGGA